CUGGUGGGAUGGUGCGGAACCAAGAUGGAUCAGAGUUGCAAUUGCCCGACACAGUCGUCACAACUGCACUUGUCCCCACCGAGAGCACCACCAUAUUCCCUCCACGCAUGAUCAUGACCUCCAACGUCAGUCUCGCGCCCGCCCAGAUCCAGACGUCGCAACUGUCGGCGGCAGGACCGCAGCAGUCGCACUUCAACUCGCCUCGCGGCAGCGACACAGCCAGCCGUCAAUCACCCACGUUCCAAACGGUCGUAUUCUCCCGCAAAACAACGCAGCACGGUCCCGACGGCGAAAUCACAGACGCUUUCAAGCGAAAGCUCCGCGACCAAGAACCGUCGGCCCAGCCGCCGUCCCCCCUCGCGAGCCUCGUGCACCAGACCGAUCGCCACGGCAAACAUAGCCCCCACCCCCACCAGGACGCGCUCAAAGUCAAGCCCACGACGUCGUCUAUCGACACGCGAAACCCACAACAACCCGGCGGCAUUUCCAAACUGUUUGCCAACAUUUGCUCAUGUUUGGGCUUGGCCGAACAACAACAGCAGCAACUCGCGCAGCAACAGCAACAACAACACAUGCAAUACCGAAAGCAGCCGUCGCAGCAUGAAAAGCAAGUCGAAACGCGGCAGGGCCAAGAGGUCCGCCGGAUCAUGUCGACGCCGUUCCCUGGCGACGAAGGCAAGAAGUGUCUUGUGCUCGAUUUGGAUGAAACCCUCGUCCACAGCUCGUUCAAGCCCAUUCCCAACCCAGACUACGUCAUCCCAGUGGAGAUUGAAGGCCAUGUCCACCAAGUGUACGUGGCCAAGCGGCCCGGCGUCGACGAGUUCAUGCGCAAAAUGGCAGAGUUCUACGAGAUUGUCGUCUACACGGCCAGUUUGAGCAAGUACGCCGAUCCAUUGCUGGACCAACUGGACACCCACAAAGUCAUUCGGUUCCGUCUCUUUCGAGAACACUGCGUGCACUACGAAGGUAGCUACGUCAAGGACCUGUCCCUUAUCGACCGAGACAUCAACCAAAGCAUCAUCAUCGACAAUUCCCCCAUGAGCUACCUCUUCCACCCCCGCAACGCCAUCGGGUGCUCGUCGUUCAUCGAUGACAUGGACGACCGCGAAUUGGACUCGAUCACAACCUUCCUCACCGAAAUCCGCGGCGUUGACGACGUCCGCAACUACUGCCACAAGUGGUCUCCGCACAUGUAACCGCUCGACACACAACACACUUCAAUGAAAAUAAUACUUUCAUUAUCGAUCUAUUCUGAGCUGGACCUCCCACACUAUCGUUAGACCUACUUUGGAGCACUUAAAAGCAUAAGUGGACUGGCUAUGCAUGCUUGCC